GGCAACGGAGGAAAGAAAGUAAAACUGCGGAAGAAGAGGAGCCUGAAUUUUCAUGCUCGAGCUCAUACUUGUACCGGUACAUCAAGAUUCUCCGAUUGCUUGUCGUCUCCGAUAAACCCUAAUUUCUAGGGCGUUACCUUUCUUCCGAUUGUUUCUCAAGAAUGCCGGGGAGCGGAAACACGCGAUUCCCUUUUCGUUGUAUGUAAUUUCGUCGGAAGAACAGAUUCUACAGAUUUUACAAGGUAAAGUCGGAUAAAUUGCCGAUUCGGCUGAUUACAACUUCGUGUUACGUGGCGUACUUCUUUCAGGUGAAGAAUGGGGAAAUGCAUAUGCAGUUCAUGAUCAGAAUUGGAAGUGAUUUUCAUACAUUUGGUUGCUUGCUUGAAGUUGCGAAGGCGGUGUUUAUUAUUUAAUUCUCCAUCUGGAGAAGAUUGUUUGUAUGACGAAGUAGCUAUAUUAUCAAUUCAGAACGUAUCGUAUAAUCAAGAACAAUGCCUCGCAAGGUGAGCCACGGGUUAGAUUACGACGAAGAUUAUGACGAGUACGACGAUUACGAUUAUUAUGACAACGACUACUAUGUAGAAGAAAAAGUUACUGAAAAAACACAUGCGAUUAAGGAAGAAACAAAGGGGCAGAAGCUUUGGCGAUGCCCGAUUUGCACUUACGACAAUGAAGACAGUUUUUCUGUCUGUGAUAUAUGCGGGGUUCUGCGCAACCCUUUGGUCAACAACAGAAAUACUCCUGAUGAUAGAACAGUUGAGAGCAUCUGUAAAGACUCUGGAGUAUCCAAAAUGGCCAAGUCUCUUUUUGCAUCGUUGCCAAAUCAGAUACCCAAAAGGGCUGUAAAAUUUCAAGAGCAGGACGAUAAAAUUGUGGAAGAAAGAGAAGAGAACAUCCACAAGAUUGGAAAUAUACGGGGCCAUUUGCAUGAAUUCCAUAAUGCUUUUAGUACCUGUAGUCAUUUCCGUACUACUAUAGUCCCUUUCAAGUUUGAUAUUCCGUCCCCAGAUGAUGUGGUUUCUAAUGGAUUGCGUUCCUCCAAAGUUGGUUUAAAAGCAGUCAGCCACAAUGACUUCAACUCUUCAAUAUUAUCUUCAGACAUCACUAAGAAGUCUGCAAAUAAUGCAGCAUUGACUUCAAAAAGUGUACAUAGCUCGUCUACUGUAUUGCCAACGAGCAAAUCAGGCAGUAUAGGACAUACACAGUCAAGUACCAAAAAUUCAGACAACUCAGGGACCUCAUUUGGAAAAAGUACAAUGGUUAUUAAAGAACACAAUACAUCAAUCAGUGUAACGAAAAAUUUACAACCACGUGAUAACCGGUCAUCAAGCACUUCCACAUCAAAGUCAGCAGGCAAAUUUGACGGCAUGGAUGAGAGCAGAAACCCUCCUGUGGAGUGGGAAAAGCCCCAAAGUCUUGCCGGUGGUUUGAAUAACAUGGUUCUAAAUGUCAAAUCGGCCUAUGAAAAUUAUAUUAAUGGACUGGGAAAAUCAUCAAAUGUGCAGUAUAAGCAUGAUAAAUGGAUGCUACCCGAUAAAGGUCUAGAUGCGCUGACUCAGCUGAAUCUUGCUAUAGUUGGUCAUGUUGAUUCUGGAAAAUCUACACUCUCAGGAAGACUGCUACACCUAUUGGGACGUGUAUCCCAAAAAGAAAUGCACAAAUAUGAAAAAGAGGCAAAGUCACUGGGCAAGGGUUCCUUUGCUUAUGCCUGGGCACUGGAUGAGAGCGCAGAAGAAAGAGAGAGAGGAAUAACUAUGACUGUUGGUGUUGCUUAUUUUGAUUCUAAAAGAUAUCAUGUUGUCGUGCUCGAUUCCCCAGGCCAUAAAGAUUUUGUUCCAAACUUGAUAUCUGGGGCCACACAAGCUGAUGCCGCAGUUCUUGUUAUAGAUGCAUCUGUUGGUGCAUUUGAGGCCGGUAUGGAUGGUUCAAAGGGGCAAACAAGGGAACAUGUGCAAUUAAUCAGGAGCUUUGGUGUUGAUCAGAUUAUUGUUGCAGUCAACAAAAUGGAUGUGGUGGGAUAUUCCAAAGAUCGAUAUGAAUUUAUCAAGCAUCAACUUGGAACCUUUAUUCGUUCAUGUGGUUAUAAAGAUUCAUCAUUGUCUUGGAUUCCAUUGAGUGCCAUGGCAAAUCAGAAUCUAGUGACUGCCCCUUCUGAUGUUCAAUUUUUGUCCUGGUAUCGUGGACCUAAUCUUUUGGAGGCAAUUGAUUCUCUUCAACCACCCACUCGAGAAUACUCUAAGCCACUGCUUAUGCCGAUAUGCGACGUAGUUAGAUCACUUUCACUAGGACAGGUGUCUGCCAUUGGCAAACUGGAAGCUGGAGCUCUCCAGUCUGGAUCUAAGGUUCUAAUCAUGCCAUCUGGAGAUAAAGCAACCGUGCGUACUUUAGAACGCAAUUCUCAAGCUUGCAAAAUCGCUAGAGCGGGGGAUAACGUGACUGUUACUCUACAAGGAGUUGAAGCAAGUAGCGUGAUGGCUGGGGGUGUUCUCUGCCAUCCUGAUUUUCCUGUUGCUGUUGCAAAACAUUUGGAAUUGAAGGUUCUCACGUUGGAAUUCGCAACACCGAUAUUAAUUGGAUCUCAGUUGGAAAUUCAUAUUCACCACGUGAAGGAGGCUGCUAGAGUUGCAAGAAUAGUGUCAUUGCUCGAUUCGAAGACGGGAAAGGUCACGAAGAAGGCACCACGUUGUCUUAGUGCUAAACAAAGUGCAGUGAUUGAGGUUGUUUUACAAAGUCCAGUUUGUGUGGAAGCAUUCUCGACUAGUCGAGCCCUCGGGCGGGUAUUUCUGAGAGCAAUGGGCAGAACUAUAGCCGUCGGCAUUGUGACCCAACUGAUCGGAGGCUCGGAAUAAUGGACCAACACAAACAUAGGUUUUAUUUAAGGUAAAACUCGUUGGCAUAAUUUUGGACGAGCUAUAUUAUUUAUAUAGUGGAGUAGCUUUACUGCAGAAAACGAGUGCCAUAUGAGCACCUACAGUAGUGGAAAUUAGAGAUCGAGUACAUGUAAUAAUUUAUAAGGGAAUAUGCAGUAUAUGUAUAUCAAAUUUAUUGAUUCUUUUGUUGCAGUGUUUUAGAAUGACUUGUAAAAA